GCUGGUAUCGUUAGUGAUCAAUGCAAUAUUAAUAUUAGUGAUGUUUUGGUCAGCCAAGUUUCUCUACAUCUUAGCCAGUGAUUAGUUAAGUUUAAGGAUAUUGAUUUUGUCGAGAGAGCCUAUUAUAGGCCUAGCCUACUUCAAGAAUUUCUCUCAUUAAUUGUUUCUUAAGGGCAUAACUUACAAGAUCAACUAACCUAUUUCGAUGUGACCAGCUACUUUUCAAGAACAUAAAAUCUUGUACCGUUGUUAUUAAUAAUGAAAAGAUCACAAGUUUUGAAAAGAAAAAAAAUUGACAGUUGAAAUACUAUACCUGUGAUCACCAAUGGAUCCUGUUGGUUCAUGGAGUGCAUACGCUGCUAGCUACAAUCGUCUCACAGGAUCAGCCAGCAACGGAGACUACCCCCACCACCUGGCAGCUACCAACCCAGGGCCCUCUCCUUCCACCACCUCUCCGUUACUGCUACAAGCUGCUCACCCAACCUCCUCCCCAGCGUUUACUCCCAGCAGUUUUCUCUCCCCCCCACCAGUGGGUUAUGACCCUGUCUUUUCCCCUUUCUUACAUGCCAACCAGAAAGCUCAUUACCCUCAGGCAUUAACAGUGGCUCAGCAUAGACAAGUGAUUGCCUCUACAAAACAAGUUUCAGCAGACAAUGAUUCCCUAAGGGAAAGUUACACUCCUGUUCACCCUCAACCUUUGCCCCCUCCAAAUCCAGCUUUCUUUGAGCAAGCUUCUGGUUCUGUUCAACCUACUACGAUCGCUUGGUCACAUCAGAGUAACUCUCAUUCACAAUUGCCGAGUCCUUUUGGAGUUUUACCACAUGAAAGUGUGGUUGGUAGUAGUACGGGCUCGAACUUUAAUCCAGCUCACUUUGCUGCAGCCCAGACAUUAAAUCAUAUUAAUUCGCAGCUAGCUGCUGUGAGUUACAGUGAUACUUCUAAAAGGCUCACUACAAGGCCAAUGCAAUCUCCUCCGUCAAAACCGAUCACCCCUAAUGUUACAAGUUCUGGAUACUAUCAGCAGGCUUCUCCGAUUUCUGGAAACCAAUAUAUUGCUAGCAAAACUCAAGUUCCAAAUGUGAUGGUGCCAUCAGCUAAUAUGUCUAAAGAUUACAAUGCGUCACUGUCCCAUAUACACGCUUCAGUAGCAGCGUUUCCACCGAGAAUAUCAGAAAAUCAGUCAAGUGAAUUCCAGUCCCCCACGACAAAGAGCAACUCUUCUGUGCCAAACAAAAUAACUGAGAGGAGAGAUAGUGGGCAUGAAUCUACACAGUCCUCUCCCAUCAGUUUUGCUGUAAUGGACUCUAAUCAAAACAGAUCUUCAUCAAAAAUACCUCCGGCGAGGUCAGGUAUUCCUCAGCAGUCACAACUACAACAGCAAUUGUUGAACCAUCAGAAGACUGGAGCGUACAGAGGGUCAACUCCUGAGUCGGAAUACACCCAAGUCUCUGCGGGAAGGAACACUGCUUCUACUGAUGCUGGAUAUUCAUCAGGGUCUAGUGUAGGCCACGGUGGUGUUGAUGCGUCUUUACAAAGGAGUCCAUUAGACUCUCAUGUCACUAGUCCUACCGGUUAUCCAGCGUAUCACAGUCCAAUGACUUCUAUGUCCUCCCCUUCACCUGUUCAGCAACACGUUGACCAAAAUGUAAGCUACAGACAAAACCCUUCUCCUCAAUUCAACCCUACGUCACCUUUAGACGCUUCUUUAUCCAGGCAUCCCUCGGUUAUAACAAGAGGUGAUCCAAAAUAUGCUAAUGAUACGUUUCCCCCAAAACAGUGUUGGGAUGGGACUGAACAACUCAGAAGUCAAAAUUAUUCUAAUUAUUCAUCGGAUGUCUCUCCAAAUCCCAGUAAUAUUUCAAUCCAGCACCAACGAACAUCUCACAUGGUAACAGACAGGCACCAAGAAUAUUUAGCCUCUGGCAAUCAAAGUAUCAAGGGAGAUCCCAUGACUAUUGUUAAAAACUUGCAAAAUCUACAACAGCAUUGUCAACCCCCUCCAGUCACUACAGAUAUUAAAGUAGAAUUUGAAAACCCAAAUCCUGCCAUCAAAAACUGUGGCUCACCAUCAAAAAGGAAAAAGAGCACUGAUAGUAAAAUACUAGUUGCUCAACCAGAUCCUUCAAAUAGAGUUCCUCCUCCUGCUCAUUUAAAUCAACCGCAACAGAAUAGUGGUGGCGUGGAACAUAACUCUCAGAAACCAGAAAACUCCACAUUUACACCUCAAAACACUCCACAUCCUGAUUCAAAACCCACAAAUGCGCCAUUUCACCCUCACGAUGUCUCACAUUCUAGAGGCCAGAUAUCUUAUCUUACUUCUCAUAAAAUGCCCAAAUCGCAAGAUCAAAAGAACAUUAACCCUAACUUACAAAGUAAAUCUUCUGCAACGAAUCCUAACCAAUACAACAUCAAUGACAGAUUACCGAAGGUUGAUGUUGAAGACACGCCGAUUGCAAAAGUUAUUGUUCCCGAUGUUGAAGAAGAAUUAGGGUUUUUAGCUGAAACUCCUAAUCCCAAUCCAAAACCAAAUAGUGCCAUCAUGAAUAUUCCUCCAGUAAAGCUGUAUACAAAUCCAAAAAGCAGCUUCAUGGAAAGUUACCUAAAAUUUAUUCAGGGUGAGAAGGAAUCGUCCCCCCCUCCUAGACAAAAGCCUGCCAGGCUCAGAUAUGUACCUAUGAGUAGAAAACCUCAGCAAGAAAAACAACAAUUAAAGAAGGCAAGAAAGAAAUCCAAAACACCUCCGCCAAUACAGAGCGAUGUAGAAGAAGAUGUGGAUGAUCCGAGAUACUUUCCUUUGCCUAAAGAUCCAUCAAGUAGGAAGUUAAACUCAAGUGACUCUGAGGAGACGGAUUAUGAUAAUCUAAUACCAGCUGUUGCACACAAGACGAGUUCAAACAAUGCUUCUAGAGAGGCAACCGAUAAUGAGGAGCAAAAGAAAUCUAGUAAAAGAGUACCAAAAGUCAAAAGGAAAUCUCAUCUUACCAGGAAGAGAAAAAGGAGCUCAUCAGAAGAGUCACAAGAACCAUUACCGGUACCUACGCGUAGAAGUGCUAGAAGAAAAGCAAAAGAGACUCCUAGUCUCGAUGAAAAACUUGAUGAACUAUUCUCAGGCAAUUCUGAUUCUGACCAGGCUUGGAGUCCAGAUGAGGAUUCUGAUGACGAAGAUGAGUAUGGCAAAGCUUUUGGAAGUGGAAGACGAAGAAAAUCUAAAGCAUUGUCAGGUUCUCGGUUUUUGGAGUCAUCCGAUGAAGAAAAGAAGUCUAAACCAAAAGCUGAAGUUGUCGACAUGUCUGGUAUUUGCCCUGUGUGUAACAGCAACUUUGCAGACGACCCGACAGAUGCAGUAAAAUGUUCCAGCUGCAAGAAUCAGUUCCACUGCAGUUGUCUUAGUCUGCAGACAAUGCAGCGAGUGCUGAAGAUGGGCUCGAAGCGCGGCACAUGGCGUUGCGACAGCUGCAAAUCAGCCCCAGCCAGAGGUAAAUUGAAGAGUUCCCAAAAAAUUCGUAAGAGGGAGACCAGAAGAGCAGUGAAAGCUUUUAAGGCAACCAAGGAGAAGGAAGAAAUUGAUGCCACUCUAGGCACUGAAGAUUACUUCCCUUUUAAGUCUGGGGAGUUCAUUGUCGUGAAAGAAGAGUUGACAGAAAAAUAUCCAGCUCUGUGGCGAGUGGACGGAAAAACACUGCUGCAAAAGUACGAGUCCUUCGAUCAGAACGGAGAAAAGCUUUACCGAAAUAUUUCUACUUACUCUGGAUGGACUCCUCAGAACAGGGGCAUUUACCAGAAAGUUCCUGUGCAGUUCAUAGUGCAAAGUCGCUCAGAAACCAUUGUCAGAUUCCUCAGAUCAGAAAUGGUCGAUCCUGCUGUCGAACAGGCUUACUUGGAACAUUCUCUUCUGCAAACAGCCAAGUAUCAGGACAAUUUUGAGGUCUACAUUCAAACUCUUAUUUCUCAAGCACUGGAUGCUAACUUCCUGGCUGAAAUAUUUGCUGAGAAAGACGAGUACUUCCUUCAGAACGUGGAGGUGAUAGACAGGUUGACGGAGGAGCGACGUGUACGGCUGGUGGCUGCGGUGGGCUGGCCGGUAGAGUCAGCGUUGCAGCGUAGUGUCACGACAUGGCCGUGUUACAACGUGUUGGCUGAUCUCAAGGCAGGACCGGUACCAGUGUGUGAUGCCUGCGAACGCAACAUGGUGCAUGCUAGGAUCAUACUGUACGGCCAACCCUACAACCCCAACACUCUGGACGGAUGCGAGGUGGAGAACAACAGGAAUGAGAAGGAUUUCAUGAUAUGCCUGGAGUGCAUCAAGUUUGUGCAACUGUACAACAAGCUUGUACAUCAGAAGUACAUCAUGUAUAUAGAUUGUGUUAAGAGAGUUCAGGAGAAACGCAAGACUGAUUCAGGAAAGGAUACAACAGUUAUCCUCAAUGAGCUAUUGGCUGAUGAGGAAUGGCUGAGCAAGCUUUUCCGCCAAGUGAGAACUGUUUGGGCUGAUGUUGAAAAAGCUGAGCGUGAGAAAAAGAAGAAACUAGGAUUACCUGUAGAGCCUCCGGGUGGAGUACCAAAUGAAGAACAAGGCAAGGAUGUUGAAGCUGCGGAACAAGGGGAUAUUGAAGAUGAUGUAGUUAUAGAAAAAGCGUUCGUAACAGAAAUAAAGGUGGAGAAAGACUCUGAUGCAGAAGAAGGAGAAACCUUUGGCAAAGAAGAUGAUGUUAAUGAUGUGACUGUCUCCAUCGUGCAAGAAGGAAGUUCUGUCUCCAUCAUGCAAGAAGGAAGUUCUGUCUCCAUCGUGCAAGAGGGAAGUUCACAAGCUACUACAGAGCAAGUGGCCGAGGUAGAGACACCUGUAGAAGAUGUAAGUAUUGAGAGAGUCCAAUGUGAGUCUUAAAACAUGCACUGGUUCAGCUCAGCUUUCUGUGAUUCAAUCAUUAUGUACAUAACAGAUAAAUAUCUAAUGUUAAACAGUACAAUUGCUGAAUGUUAGCUACUAGAGACAUACUGGAUACGUCAUGUGAUGAAAAUGUGACAGUCAAAUUGUAGACGAUUUUGGAUUUUCCUAUUUUACUUUAGUUUAUGACUACAGUAAUUUAUUUUACAAUUCCAAACAAUAUUAAACACUUCAAUCAAUUGAGACUGUAAUCGACCUAAAUAACUGUAGGAUCAGAGAUUUGAUGCGGGCUUUAAAAUUUAAAUGUGCCUGGUCAAAAGUAGCGGAUCUUGUAACAAAGCCUUUUAACACCCAUGCUUCUUUGUUCGUUAAAAACACACCCUGGUGUUAAACCAUCAUAAAUAUAAUCUAAUAAACAGUUGUGGAUUUAUUCUUUUUCUUUGAAAUUGUCAAAUAUAUCUGUUAUUUAUAGAGGAAUAAACUCCCAACAAAAGCUUUUGAAUUUUUUGUGUCAAGUUAGGCUAUACACAAAAGUUAGUAUGUAUGUAGGCUACAUUGACUUCUAUUGAAUCAUCAAUACUAUUACUGUACCUGUAAACGCCACUAUAACAUGUACCUUCUAAAAAGUUACUCAUAGGAGGUAUGCAAUCUACUUAAAAGAACUAUAUAUUUUGUUAAUAAAAAUAUAGUUUUAAAGUAUUUUUUACAUUUUAUGUUGUAGGCCUAACACAUCUUCUAAUACAAUAUUAGUGAUGUGUUGGUCACAAUCAGUUCAGUUUUUGUUUGUUUUGUUUUAUUGGAAAUUGUUUGUCGGUUUUAAAUUAUUAAAAAUUACCACCCACUUGUAUUUUUGUCUCAGCCACACAAAUGAUAAUUUUCUACAAGGUUUACUGUUUGGGGUGGUAGGUUUAUGUUGUUACAGGAAAUAUUGCAAGUAAAACUUAAGUUUCAGGAGAAACUAUCCUGAAAAUAUCCUGUAUCCUUGUAGUCUUUAUUUAACCAUCAUAUUCUAUAAUCGUGUUAAAUCCCUCAAUUUAAGAUUACAGAGAAAAAAAAAAAAAACUGUACAUUAAGGUUUCUAUGUUCGCUUAUCGAAAUGUUGAUCAAUUUUGCCAAUUUUAUUCAUUUCAUCCUAAACUAAUUACAUUUGGUCAAAACAAACUUUUUACCUUCCCUGUAGUAGCAAACCAAAGUAUUUGUUAAAUCUUAUGUUAUGAAAUAAAGUAAAUGUCAUGUUUAUGGAAAUAUUUGAGGUAAGUCGUAAGUCAGACAUUAAUCAUUGCUGCCCUCCUACGUAAAAUUUGGUAAUCUUUGAAACUUGGGGGUGCACAGGACAAUGUCACAUUUGGAUACUUGUAAUGUAUAUAUAUGUUACAGGCAAAGUAUAUAAUCCAGUCAUUCUACAGUUGAACCUCGUUUGUACGAACCUCAAUAAAACAAAUUCCUCGAUAUGACAAAUUUUUUUAAAUCCCCUUGACACUUUCAUAUAGGCUAGGUCAUUGCUAAAAACACCUCUAUACAACAUAGUAAUUAAGUUAAAAACCUCCAUAAGACUAAUUUGUUUGUGACAUGGGCUAGGACUGAUUAACCUCUAAUCAACGAAUAUUCUUAGCACAAAACCUCUACAAAACAAACAUGACCUCUAUAAGACAAAUUUCUCAUAAUCUUAACCUCCAUAGUACGUAGUUUUCAAAACAAACAGAAGCUUGUCUCAACAUGAAACCCCUACCCAUCCCUCCUCCUUCCUCAGUCAUUGUUUGGAGAAACCUCUAUUAGAAGAAUAACAGCAGCAUUAAACCUCGAUAAAACGACCCUCUUUACUAAGAAUACCUCUAUAUUACAAAUUUUUCCCGUACCCCUUGAAAUUUGUCUUAUAGAGGUUCAACUGUAUAGAAUUACCAAUGCCUCAAAUAAACAGGAAAGUAUGAAAUAGAGCUUAUUAUAUACUUUGCCUCGUUAUUCUAUAGGAUGCCUGUUGGCACUGAAAAUGUUAAGCAAAGUAUAAAAUACACUGAUGUUGGACUUUUUAUAUACUUUUGUUCUCUUGUUUGGCAUAAAUCUAAUGUAAAAUAAACUAACCCUUUAAACAAUAUUUCAUUAU